AUGGGCAUCACCAAGGAAACCGCCAUGAUUGGCAUCAUAGGCAUGGGUGACAUGGGCAAGAUGAUUAAUGCUUGUGACAAGCCCGAUAGCUUUGAGAACUUGAAAAAGAAUUCGAUUCUCAAUGUAGAGGCCGGUGUUAUUGAUAAGGUAGUGGCAGAAUAUGGCCCAUGUAUGUUGUUGUCAAAACCAAAGGCUACCGCCGCUUUCCUCCAAACGGUGGCUGACUCAUGGAAAAAAAAACGAAAAGCUACCAAGGUCGGUGCUAUUGUUGGCGGCCAAACGUCCUGCAAGGCUCCCGAGUUGUCCGCGUUCGAUAGGCAUCUUCCCUCGGAUGUAGAAAUUGUAUCUUGCCAUUCACUCCAUGGCCCUAAAGUCAACCCCAAAGGACAACCACUGGUCUUGAUACAGCAUCGGGCAUCGGACGAGAGUCUCCGAUUCGUGGAAGAGGUACUUUCGUGCUUUAACUCCAAGUACGUCUAUCUUACCGGCGAAAUGCAUGAUCGCAUCACAGCAGAUACCCAGGCAGUUACGCACGCGGCGUUCCUUAGCAUGGGAACUGCAUGGCACGCAAACAAACAGUUCCCCUGGGAGAUCUCCCGCUGGGUGGGAGGAAUCGAGAACGUCAAAAUCAACAUCACCUUGCGCAUAUACUCGAACAAAUGGCAUGUUUAUGCGGGUCUAGCGAUCCUCAACCCGGCCGCGAAGGAACAGAUCCGCCAGUAUGCCGAAUCUGUGACCGAGCUGUACAAGCUGAUGAUUGAGGGACGCCGGGAGGAACUCAAACGCCGUGUCCGAUCAGCAGGCGAUGCUGUUUUCCAGGCAGGCACCGAAGGUCAGGAUCUGUUACUGAAAGAUGAGGUUUUGGACCAGUUCUCUCUAUCGAAUCGGCCGCGUGAGGAGACUCCACCGAACAACCACCUGAGUCUGUUAGCCAUUGUUGACUGCUGGUCUAAAUUGGGAAUCGUCCCAUACGACCAUAUUAUCUGUUCCACGCCUCUCUUCCGUUUGUGGCUCGGUGUCACAGAGUACCUUUUCCGCAAUCCGGACCUUCUCGAAGAGGCAUGUGAUACCGCGAUUGACGACAGCACAUUCCGAUCCGAUGAUCUAGAAUUCACCUUUGCAGCCCGGGCUUGGUCUGACUGUGUUUCAUUUGGCAAUUUCGAGUCUUAUCGUGACCGGUUUGAGAGGAUCCAGUCUUACUUUGCUCCUCGGUUCCCCGAAGCCGUCAAGGUCGGCAACGAGAUGAUGAAGACGAUCCUUGAAAAGACUACUGCCCCUACUACAGGACAGUCCUAA